UUUCCAGUUGGAAUGUUAAAUAUCUUGUCUUUGCAGUCUAUUCAAUUGAAUAUAAGUUGAAAAGGAUUACACAAUUCUGAAUACAUGCACGUUAGAUCUUCUCAAAGGGCGUUUUGUACUUCCAGGGAGUUUAAAUGAACCCUGCACAGGUGUAGGUGCUCCUGUCCAACCUGUCAGCUCCUAUCUCGUCACGGUUUACACUUCCAGGUCAGCUCAGACGCUCCCGGGGGGGAAGAAGCGACAUUUAUUUGACGCGACUUCCUGUCACCAUCCCCGGUUCGACCGAGCAUUCGGACUAUUUGGUAAUUGAACGUCUCACAAACGCUUGAUGCCGUUAUUUUGAUUUUCAAGAAGACGAGAGGGCGAAUUAAAGCCGACUGUCUUCCAGACGAGCCUGCAAGACGUCUCCAAAACGUGACAAAUGAAGUUACGGCUUGAGUUUUUCAGAGAAGCACAUAUCAAGCGAAGAUGUUACCGAGAUAUGGUCAUUAUAUGUAAUAAUUGCAUUUUCUCCCGUCUAAUACUGAUGGCUUUUCCCGACACCAGGCCCCCUUUUCUAUUUCCCAACACGAAGCCUUUAUUUGCACACCUAGCCUCUGUUCACACACUGAAAAAGUGUUCAAACCGAAGCCGCCACGUGUUGUCAACUUGCCCCUUUUUGUUGCCGCCCCCCCCCCCCCCUGACAGAAUUGGCAGCCACGCCACUCCGGCUUGAGGGACCCGUGACCAGAGACCAUGGAGACCGGGAACGCCAGCAGUGGAGCCCGGGCCGGCCUCUUCUCGGGAAGCCCUUACACGAACCUGGAGAUUGUGCUCAUCAUCCUGGUGGCGGGAUCCCUGAGUCUCAUCACCGCCAUUGGAAACAUCCUGGUCAUGCUCUCCAUAAAGGUAAACAGGAACCUGCAAACCGUCAACAACUACUUCCUGUUCAGCCUGGCCUGUGCAGACCUCAUUAUCGGCGUCUGCUCCAUGAACCUCUACACCGUCUACAUCGUGAUCGGCUACUGGCCUCUCGGAGCGGUGGUGUGCGACCUGUGGCUGGCCGUGGACUACGUGGUCAGCAACGCCUCCGUCAUGAACCUCCUCAUCAUCAGUUUUGACCGAUACUUCUGUGUCACCAAACCGCUCAGCUACCCGGCUCGCCGCAGCACCAAGAUGGCCGGCCUCAUGAUCGCCGCGGCCUGGGUGCUGUCCUUCGUCCUGUGGGCGCCGGCCAUUCUGUUUUGGCAGUUCAUCGUGGGCGGGAGAACCGUGCCUCCGGGGGAAUGCUACAUCCAGUUCUUCUCCAACCCGGCGGUCACGUUCGGGACGGCCAUCGCCGCCUUCUACCUGCCCGUGGCCAUCAUGAUCUACCUCUACUACCGCAUCUCAAAGGCCAGCCGGAGCCGCGUUCAAAGGGACAGCCGGAAGGCCUCCGGCAUCAGUCUGGGAGAAGGUCAGGAGGAUGCAGGCGAGAUCCAGAACAGCUACAUCCAGAAGAUGCGGGAGCAGCUCCGGGAGGCCAGGCAAAGGAAGGAAACGGAGGCGCUACAGCAGAAGCAGCAGAACGGAGGUGCUCCUUGCAAGGAGGGAAAACCCGACCGGGUGGAACCGGAGGCAGACAGCGUCCUUCCGUCCACCUCCACGGAAAACGAGGUUCCGGUUUCGGUACCCAGGGGCCUAAGCAUCAUAAGGAAGAUGAACCAAACGGAUCCGUCUUCCAGGGCCACCUCGCUGACUGACUGUCCAGCCACAAGGACAAUGCUCAAGGUGACGAAGCAGAGCGCGGUGGCCAAGUGGCGCAAGAAAAGCACGUCGUCCCGCGAGAAGAAGGUGACGCGCACCAUCAUGGCCAUCCUGGUGGCCUUCGUGGUCACGUGGACGCCGUACAACGUGAUGGUCCUCAUCAACACCUUCUGCUCCGUCUGCAUCCCCAACUCGCUCUGGACCAUCGGCUACUGGCUGUGCUACAUCAACAGCACCAUCAACCCGGCCUGCUACGCCCUGUGCAACACCACCUUCAAGAACACCUUCAAGCACCUGCUGCUGUGCCGCUACAAGAACAUACGGGCGGCGCGGUGAUGCUUUCACGCGCUUACCCCCUCCCCCGUUUCAUGUGCUGUAAAAAAAAUGCUGCGUUUGUGUACGUCGUCACGGCAACGACGCCUGUCGCUUAUCAUGAAAAGGUGUUCCCCUGUGCAACGUGAACGUGCCGUGAACAAUCCUGUAGAUGCUGUGGAUUCCAAAUACUUCACGUGGUCGUGUGCAUGAGUGUCACUCACGGUACCCGGCUGUUGUGCAACUAGUCCACGUGUGACCUUGAAGUAUGCUCUUCCUCUAUUGAUGUUUACUGAAUAAAAGAGAUCAAAAUAUACACUAUAUUGCCAUAAGUAUUUGGUCACCUGCCUUGACUCACAUAUGAACUUGAAGUGCCAUCCCAUUCCUAACCCAUAGGGUUCAAUAUGACGGGGUUGGAGGAGGGAGUUGUGACAGCACAGAACUACAAGGGGGCAAUAUCACUCUAUGUAUUUAUUAUAUGUAUUAUCCAUCCAUUUUCUACCGCUUAUUCCCUUCGAGGUCGCGGGGGGCGCUGGAGCCUAUCUCAGCUACAAUCGGGCGGAAGGCGGGGUACACCCUGGACAAGUUGCCACCUCAUCGCAGGGCCAACACAGAUAGACAGACAACAUUCACACUCACAUUAGGGCCAAUUUAGUGUUGCCAAUCAAACCUAUCCCCAGGUGCAUGUCUUUGGAGGUGGGAGGAAGCCGGAGUACCCGGAGGGAAGCCACGCAGUCACGGGGAGGACAUGCAAACUCCACACAGAAAGAUCCCAAGGCCGGGGAUUGAACUCACAACUACUCAGGACCUUCGUAUUGUGAGGCAGAUGCACUAACCCCUCUUCCACCGUGAUGUUUUAUAUUAUAUUAUAAACAAUAUAAUAAAUAAUGAACAAUAUAAUUUAAUUAAACAACAAAGGAAUGGCGUGUGUGAACUAAGUCCAAAAGGGGUGUAUGGUGGAAGACUACGUGUAUGAAUAAUUAGCUGUUGAGUAUUACCAUAAUCGUUGGAUGAGGAAGCAGACAAAUCCAAAGGGGCUAGGCAAAAGGGGUCCGUGAUCCAAGCGAGGUCCGUGGGGCGGAGAGAGGCGUCAAGGGGUCCGUGUCCAGAGCGGGGGUCGAGG